AUAGAAGUAUCAACAAUGGCGCAGCCUAGAGUCACGGAGUUCUUUUCAGCACGGAAACGUACAGCUGAAUCACAGCCAUCAAAACGCAGGAAAGUUGUGAUUUUGUCGUCAAGUUUGGAAACGUUACCCGUUCAUAAUGAGAACGUUAGAUCGACAAGGGACAUCGUCUAGGAACAAGACUGUGGUGGAUCCCAUUCCUGACCAAUUUACUUUCAAUGCGAAGGCAGAGCCACUGGCCCAGAAAUCAAUAGAAAAAUCAAAAUCCGAGAAGAAAUCGAGGACUAAAUCGGUAAGAAGUGUACGCAAGGCAAGCACAAAAUCAUCUGACUUCAAUCAAAGUAGUAUUAAAGAUGCAUUUGAAAAGGCUAACAGAACCAGCAGUCCUACUGAAGAUGUCGGCACUUCUGAAGAAGUGACUUCGGCUUGGGACGAACACGAUGGGGUACCUUUGACUCCGUCUAAACGACCAAAGAAUGGCGACGACUCGUCUGACUCCGAUCAGACGGAGGCAACUAAGAAGCGCACAAGGAGGGGUAAAAGUAAAUCUACUAUUGCGGAAAUCGAAUCAGUCGUAACUCCAUCAAAAUCUGAAAUGUACGAACCUACAAGAAAACCGAGACAGGCCAAAAAGAAGCUUCAUCUUCGUCCAGUAAUCGAUUCGUCUAGCGAAGAAGGGAAUUCGGAGACAGAGGUUUCAUCAGAAGAACCUUCCCAGCUGUCACUGCCACCAAAGACACCUCCAGCUAUCUCUCCUAUACCAGAGACUCCCGAGAUUGUCCGCCAGCAACUGAAGAAGGGCCCAGCGAAACCAACAUCAAAGAAAGUAAAGGCUGCUAUGGCUCUCGUUAAGAAAUUACAAGAAGGCACAGUCACCAAGGGACAAACUGUUUCCAAGACUACCUACAAAAAUGAUUUAAAAGAAACCAUGACAUCAGAAAACAUCAAACAGAAAUUGUCAAAAGUUGGGGGUCUAGAAGAUUUGAAGGCACGUUUAGCAGACAUGAAAAAGACUAAAGCCAGUCUGAAGAAGGAUGUUCCAAAGCUUCAGAAGUUUGACAAAGUAGAUGUUGAAGUGCCAGUUGUCACUGAGGAAAAAACAAAGAAAGCUCCUGCAUAUGAGAGAUUUCAUGCUUUAGCUACACCAGCGCCUCCUACUCUGACAUUCCCAUACAAGUACCGACUGCUGAGUGAUAUGUUCCGCAGCAUGGACACCGUAGUGAGCAUGCUUCAUAAUCGCACAGAGGCCUGUACAUUCUCCAAACUUAAAGCUGCUGUACAGUCCAUGACAAAAAGAAAUUUUGAGGAGAGACAUGUAGGUCAGGUUAAGACGGUGUAUCCCACAGCCUAUACAUUUCGUCAGCAGAAGGGGAUCCCCGACUUCACUAGCAGUAAACCUGCCGGCUGGCAGCUUACCGUAGAGGCUAAUAUUAAUGAAGAUGACGAUGUAAAGCAGAAGAGAGUGAACUUCUCGGCAAAGGACUUGCUUAACAGACGCUGCGUCUUCCAGAACAAGAUGCUCUCCAUAGUAAAACGGCAUCACAAGGAGUUCCUGGCCAAGUUGGACAAGCCCCUCUCCAUCCCUGAUGAUAUGAUAACAAGAUGGCACCCCAAGUUUUCUGUGGAUGAGGUUCCUGAUAUAGAGGUUUCCGAGCUUCCCAAACCUGUCGUCACCCAUAAGUACACCACUGCAAAGGAUGUCCUGGAGGCGCGGCGCGGACAACUCCCAGUUAAGGUAGAAAAGGCGCUGGAGAAUGUAGCACUGACAUCUAAAGAGUCUGUAAAACAGGAAGAUGUGAAAGCAGAGGCUACGAGUGUGGCUGACACCGGCUCUACAUCCAAUUCCCAGUACAAGGGUAUACCUCAGUCACUCCUGGACAAGAUCCGUGCAAAGGAGAACAAAAAGUUAACACUUGCAAUGACAAGAAACCCUGCAGAAGAUAAACGUAUGGAGAUGUUACAGAAGUUACCAGACCUGAUGAGGAUGCUGAGGUCUCAUUUUGUCACAGAAAAAAAGUCUGCUCUUCUGUUGGAAAACGUCAUUCAGAAACUUGGAGACAGUAGUCGUAAUUUUAUACCAUAUGCUUCAAUGGAAGGUCAUGUGAAGUUGAUGAUCGAAGUCUUACCGAAGUGGCUUACCCUCGUAGAGAUAAAGAAAGGAAAAUAUGUCAAGAUGGAUAAAAAUUUAGAUCUGCAAGUCUUGGUUGAAGAAGUGAACAAACUUUUAAAGAAUAAGGGCUAGUUACAUUUCGAUGUAGUAUGGAGAGAAUGUUUGCUGUGUAGAUCCGGAGUGGUAGGUUUGGGAGUACGGAGAAAAUGUUUCGAGUGUUAGGACCAGUUGGAUUGGUAGUAUGGAGAGGAAUGCAGAAGCGCAGUGAAGGUUGUAGAAUGUUAUACUUGUUUUUAUUUUGCGUCAAUGUCAUUUUGCCUUGUUAAAUUGUUAUAUCAAAACAUGUUCUAUUGUCAUUUUAUAGUAUCUUGCCCGUUAAAUAGAAGCUGUUAUUUAUAUUUCGUCAGGAAACAAAACUAUUCUAUUGUUCUCAUCCAAAUUUACUAUCCAAAGGUGGUGCAUUCUUUUACAGAUGUUCAGUGAGGUUUCUAUUAGAACAUUUUUGUUUAGAUUAAUGCAAAAAAAUAUGAACAAUCUCUGUAAUAUACUUCAUCUGAAUAUGAGUAUUGUAGAACUUGAAAAAUGAUUCAGAUUUUUCAGUUACAAGUUUGAUUUUUGACUACUUGGUUGAUUUUUCAUAACAUUCAGAUCGUGUCCCGAGUGUCACAUCCUUAAGAUUGUACAAACUGUGGUUCUGUAAACUUUUCUUAACACUUUUCAAAGGUUGAAAAUUGUGGACAAUGUAGUGAAGCCUGAGUUUACCAACACAUUGUGGGACUAGAUCUAUGUGUCGGAUACAGUGAAACCGGACUUUACCAACACAGUAUGGGAUAGUGUCAAUGUGUCGGGUACAGUGAAACCGGACUUUACCCACACUGUGGGAUAGUGUCAAUGUGUUAGGUACAGUGAAACCGGACUUUACCCACACUGUAUGGGACCGAGUCAGUGUGUCAGGGUACAGUGAAACCUGACUUUACUGACACUGUAUGGGACCGAGUCAGUGUGUCGGGUACAGUGAAACCUGACUUUACUGACACUGUAUGGGACCGAGUCAGUGUGUCGGGUACAGUGAAACCUGACUUUACCCACACACUGUGGGAUAGUGUCAAUGUGUUGAAUAUGACAGUGUCUCUGUAAAGCCUGUGUGGGCAAUGAUAGUGGAGCAUGUUGCUGUCAGAUAGAUAUGGUCAGACGAAACAUGUUGUUGAAGUGGAUCGGUAAAAGUCGGGUUUCACUGAUAUCGAUUUGUCAGUAUCAUGAAUUCUUGAAAAUAAGGUUAAAAUGACCAAUGUACAAGUUUGUGUAAAAAUAUUAUGUAGGCAUGUGUGCAUGUAAGUUUAUUUACAUUAAAAUUUUUAAUUACGAUUUUUUGAUAGAAUAUAAUGUUAAAGUAAGGUUUCAUAUUGACACAAUUGUUUCUUGUAGUUUUGGGUUUGUUGAGAUGUUUCAUAUUUCUCAUGACAGGUAGUAAAUUUGAAGCAAUAUCAUUUCUUUUUGUGUCUAGCAGGUAUUACAAUGUAGUCUAUAUUUUGCUUUUAACUUGCAUGAUAAGAUUGUCUUGCAUCUAAUUUAUCACUUAUGGGUGCAAACAAAUAUUGCUUAAGGAAUGCAAAAUUUUCUUUAAAAAGUAAAAAAGUCAAACUGAUAUAGAUAUUGUCCUCUGGUUCAUGUGGUUUUCCUGGCAACAAAAAACUUUCCCCAGAGUUACAAAAGUUCUCAUCGAUACUAGAAGGUUCCACAGGUCCAUUGUUCAAACUUUAUAGUCAAAGUUACUCUUGUUGUAGGGAACUCGCAGUACAUUGGAUUUACUGUACUUGGUAAUUUUUCAAUUUUUAUGUCAUAAUGUGCCAAUCUUUACUAGUUUGCAUGGUAAUAAUCUGUUUUAUGUAAAAAAAUUGAAAUUUUGGAUAUUAUUUGAUUUUAGAGGCUAUAUUACAAGAUUCCAUAAGUUUAAACUUCUUUUUAUUGAUUUGGGUGACACUAUUGGGUAGGGUUUUUUUCAUUCUUUCUUGUUACAUUUUUGAUUUUAAGAUGUUUUUUUACACAGCCUAUUUAAUGUCAUUCUACCAUAUUUGGAUUCUUGGAGGGCAGUGAACAAACCCAUAUAAUCAUCUGCAUUAUUUUUCCGUUCUUUGUCAGUUAAUUAUUUGUAUAUUCUAAUCAUUAUUAAAUUGUGUGUAAUAUUUAUAUAUA